AUGGCAACAUCUUCCUCCAAUUUCUUCUUUUGUUCAAGUCACAGAUUUUCUAAAACUCGAAUUUCUUCAAUCCUAUUCACUCGAACAUUCUGUUCAGCUUCAAUUCUUGCAAAUAGUACACGCAACACAUCUUUGACCUCUUUUCUCUACCCCCGCAUAACAGCUAACGCAUCUACCCAUCACAAGUUCAAUUACUACCACCACCACAACCAAUACUACUACCAUCACAACAACAAGAAAUAUUCUACAAUGUCUGCUCCUUCUAGCUUUUACGACCUCAAGCCUGCUGAUAAGACUGGUGCUCCUUACGACUUUUCUCAGCUUAAGGGCAAGGUUGUUUUGAUUGUCAAUGUUGCCAGCAAGUGUGGCUUCACCCCUCAGUACAAGGAACUUGAGGAGGUUUACAAGAAGUACAGCCCUGAAGGCCUCGUUAUCCUUGGCUUCCCCUGCAACCAGUUUGGCCACCAGGAACCUGGUACUGAUGAGGAGAUUACCCAAUUCUGCCAGCUCAACUAUGGUGUCACCUUCCCUGUUUUGAAGAAGGUUGAUGUUAAUGGCUCCAACGCAGACCCCGUUUACGAGUUUCUUAAGAGCAAAAAGUCCGGCUUGCUUGGCUUUAAAGGCAUCAAGUGGAACUUUGAAAAGUUCCUCAUUGACAAGAAUGGCCAAGUCAUUGAGAGAUACUCAUCAAUCACAAAGCCUUCUUCUAUUGCCUCAGAAAUUGAGAAGCUUCUUAAAGCUUAA